GCCUCUGCCUCGCAAACCCGAAGAUCGCGCCGCAAACAGAUUGCUCGCUGUCGCAGUUUACUUUCGCUCGAUCUCGCCAGCCUAGUCGUCGCAUUCAUGCCUACAUAAACGUGCCGGGUUACCACGGCCCGCCCCUCUGAUCCCCAGUCUUCAUCUGCCAGAUGCACAGCGCGCGGCGCGUCGCGCUGCCUUCGAGAUGACCUACACCACAACAAAGACAAGCGCCAGGCCAGCGCGGCAGCUCGCGCAAGGCAGCCCGGAUCAGCGGCUACACAAUCUCGAGCUGAAAUAUCAACAGCAUGUCAACACCCUCGAAAUACUCAACAAAGACGAGGACAUUCGUCGCCUGCGGGUCCAGAACACUCUGCUUGAGGAUGACAACACGGCCCUUGAGGAUCAGCUUGCGCUGAACGAAGCGGCCAGUGCCGAGAGCGCUGCGGAGAAGGAGUCUCUCGUUGCGGAGCUUGAAGAACACCUGGAGACGAUCCAGUCGCAGGAGGCCCAGAUCAGACGGCACGAGCGCGACUAUGCUCAGCUCAGCGCCGAGUUACAAUCUAUGAGCAGCGUUACGCAAGACUCUGCCAACCUCCUUGCCGAGAAGCUUGCGCUGAGCCGCGAAGUCGCCAUCCUCAAGCCCGAGAUUGAGCACCUACGGUCGCAGGUCAACCACCAACAAUCGACACUGGCGGAGAAACUUUCGCUCGAGCGCCAGGUCAACACCCUCGAAGUGGAGCUCGCAAACGAGAAGAAGGCCACGAAACGGAUACUAGAAAAGAGAGACAGCAUCGACCGUGUCGAGGACGAGCUUCGGAAGAAGCUGCGGGAUGUCGAGAAGAAGCUGGCAGCAGAGAAGACCGAACGUGAAAGGAUCGAGGACCAGCUCGACAACGAACGUAGACACCAUCAAUAUGCGCUCGACAACCAGGAUACAUCCCGCGUAUCCGAGUCGGACCUGCGCAAGAAACUGCAGGAUACCCAAAAGCAGUUGCGUCUGGCCAAGGAGGAGACUGAGCGGGUGAAGGACGAGAUGGAGGCCCAACAGAACGCUUCCAAGAAAGCUACCAAGAAGGCUGCUGCGGGGACGGCCGCGGAAGACGAGCUCCGCACAGAGCUGGCCGCCGCCCAAGCCAAGCUCGAGUCCGCCCUGAAGGACAAGAAGGCCUAUCGCGAGGAGUGCGACAAGGCAGUGGCGGAGGCGGAGUCGAGGGCAGAAGCCCACGAGAGGAAAUUUGAAAAAUUGAAGACGAAAUUCCGGGAACUUCAGGAACAAAUGAAGCAGUCCAAAGCAGAUCUCCAAGCGGUGGAGAAGGCGCACGCGUCUCUGGUGGACGAUCUCAAGCAGCAAGCCUCGACAAAGACACAGACAGUCCGGACGAAGAAGGGCCAUGAGGCCGCCGUCCCGGACUUUUCCCAGAUCACGAUACAAACCCCCGGAGCUAAUGAUUCGUCGAAUUUGCGUCGUGGCAGAAAGCCCCAGUUUCAGACAACUCGCCCUGGAGACAAGUCAGACUUCACAAUCACGCCUUUCCUCAACCGCAGCAAAGACCUUGAAGACUCGCAUGAAGAUGAGGAUCUGGAUGGCGCCAGGGCAAUCCCAGAUGGUCAUGAGGAUGUUGCCACGACUCGGCCGCAAGCCUCCUCUCCACCGCCGGAAGAAGGACCUGUGGAUUCUGCGGGCGUCAACGAUGAAAAGCAGGACGAUGCGGACGUGCCGGCACCGGAGGAGCCAAAGCCAGCAGCAGCAAAAGGCCGGGGUAGGCCAAAGAACGUUGUCACGGAAACAGCGUCCGGCCCAAAGGAAGUUGAGUCGGCGCCCAAACCCAGAACCAAGAAGAGGAAGAGCUUGGAGCAGACCCGCGCGGAGGCGACGCCAUUCGAUCCAGACAGCAUGCCGGUGCCUAAGAAGCCAAAGGUGAAGCUUGCUAAGAGCAAGCUCGCAGCGACGGCCGUGGGCGGAGGGGUAGGCAAGGAGGCGGCCGAGCCAAUCGAGGCUGCUGCGCCUGCCCCUCCCGCUGAGCAGAAGAAGCGGAAACGAAACCUUGGCACGGCGAAGACGCUCUUUGACGAUGACGAUGGUGAGAUACCCGCUACCGAGCCGGCCGCGGCUGCGCGGGUGCCCAUGAGCACCACGAAGCGUGGCAAGACACACUUGACGGGCAUACAGAACGCGUUCGCGGGCGGCUCGACGUUCUCGCCGCUGAAGAGACAACGCAGGGGCGUAGGGGCGAGCUUUCUUGCUUGAGGGGCGCGUGUGGUGGGCCUAGUAGUAUUAUGACAUUUUCGCGGGAACUAGGAGAGAGUUCUGUCUGGGAAAAGACGGACGGACAGGUGGAGGCCGUUUGACGAUGGU